CGACGCUGAGACAGAGGAAACGAGGCGAGACAACCAGUGUUGUGCGCAAGCAAGCGCAAGUGCGUACAUGCGCGCAGCAUUAUAGAUUUUGGUUCUUUCCCGGGAGGGUAACUGCAGCAGUGUCUAUUUGCCAUCGCGAGGGUGGCGAGCCCAUCUGUGACCUCCCGAAACGCAGAAAACUGGGUUUUUUCUCGGUCAUUUCCUCCCGGCCGCCUUGACUGCUGUCCUGCUGGCGCCGGGAUUGGGAUCCCGGACAGCUGGUGCUUGCUCGAGACAACAAACAGCUUCUGUCGUCUCGUGGCGAAGCGACGAUUUUUUUGUCACCACUUCCCAAAGUUUUCCUGCUGGACAGGCGAGGCGCAAAACGGGAAUGUGCUGGUUUUUUCAAAGACUCGCGCCACUCCCUUUCGUAGGCGUUCCAGAGGCAUUUUGCCGGCUUGGGUGCACGGUGUCCCCGCCUUGAAGAGACCCUGAUUCUUUGUAGCCCCGUUUCCGUGAAAUCUACAAGAGCAGACCCGUUUUUCGUUCUAAGUCCUCUCGCUCCCUGCAUCUGGCGUUUAGUGACCGUUCAUCGCUCCCGUUUUGUCCAUCCUCCUCGCUCUUCUCAGCAUCGUUCGGUCUUGUUUCCCUUGCGUUUCUUGCCGCCUCCACCCCCUGUGACACUCCGUUCCUCUCUCUUUUGCUUCAUUCGACUGCCCCCUUGCUUUUUUGCAGGUUCCACGAUGAAUCCUGCUCAUUCUAUCGAGCCUUCUGCAGAGAGCGGCGGCGCCCAGCCGUCUGACUCUGUGCUGGCUUCCGGAGCUGGCGCCGCCUCCUUGAGCACCCCCGUUUUGCGUGCGUGCUCAUCUGCGCCGCAUCUCACCGAGAGUCGCCUUCCUGGUAGUCUUCAGCUGGUGAACGGUCGACACGAGAGGCUGCCCGCCAAUUUUGGCUCGGUCUCGCAGCGGAUGACUGUGAACGACCACACAGUCGUGUGCCUUUCUGCAGACAUCACCCCGCUGCACCUGAGCGCUGCUGUGACCGACUGCGGGCUGGACAUGCAAGAAAUUAAGUCGAAACGCACCAAUACGCAGAAUUCGCUCGACUUCGAGGGUGCCGCGUUGCACAUCUCGCCGGCCGCAGCUCCUGUUGUGGCUCCAGGUGCCGAUACAUCCGGCGACAAGCAGCUGCACCAUCUGUCGGAAGCGACCGAUGCAGCAGUUGCCUCGUUUCCGGCGAACGCUUCUGAAAAGCCAGCGGGUUCGGCUGCAGCGAGUCCGUCAGGUGGGACGACUGGACCGGUCUCGCGUUUUGACGGCGCGGUUAUAAAGCCCGUCCCCGGCAGCGACACUGGCAAGGUGCACGCAGAAGCCGAUAACUCGAUGCAUGCGCCGGGAAGCCGCGCUCACCUGCUUGGCGACCCGGUCGCCUUGUCCGCGGGCACUGGCGUCUUUGCGCCGGCGACCGAUCCGAGUGUCGCGACCGCCGCGACGCUUUUGUCUUCGUCGUCUCCGGGGACUUCGGGUGUGACGACGACGUUGCUCCCGCAGAAGCCGCUGAUUCUGAUCAUUAUCACGGGCGGGACGAUCUGCAUGGACUACGGCGGCGAGUUGUCUUCGAUGCGGCCGACACGGCUCGCGCAGCGUCUGCAGGACUUGCCUGAAAUGCGGGAUCCGAACUUGCCGUACUUCGACGUGCUCGAGUGGGAUACACUGGUCGACAGCAGCGAAAUCGGCCUACCGCAGUGGCGGCUCCUGGCGCAGCAGAUCCACAAUUUUUACGGCGACUAUGACGGCUUCGUGGUUCUCCACGGGACAGACACCAUGGCAUAUACAGCCGCCGCACUCUCGUUCAUGCUCGAAAACCUGGGAAAGCCAGUGGUGAUGACGGGUGCGAUGCUGCCGAUGAUGCAUAUCUCCACGGACGCGAAGCGAAACCUCGCGGUCUCUAUGAUGAUGGCCGGCUACUCGCAACUCACCGAACUGGUGGUGAUCUUUGGCUCCCGCGUGCUGCGCGGCACCCGCGUUAGCAAAGUCGACUGCUCCCGGAUCGACGCCUUCGAGUCGCCGAACUUCCCUGCCCUUGGAUGCGUCGGCGUCGACGUCGUCCUCCACGACGAACUCCUCCUCAAACCACCCGUCCGCGGAUUCCGCAUCUUCACCCAGUUCUGCCUGAACGUCGCCGUCGUCCCCAUCACGCCGUUCCUCCCGGUCGACCGACUGAAGCGCGUGUUCGAAGAUCCGAAACGCCCCCUCGCCGUCGUCCUCCAGCUCUACGGCUCCGGCACCGCGCCCAGCACCAAGGAACUCCUCGACACCAUUAAGGCCGCGAUCGAAAACGGAAUCAACAUCGUCGCCACGACCCAGUGCCGACGCGGCUCGGCCAACCUCCUCGCCUACGAAAGCGGCGUCUGGCUUUCCAACCUCGGGGUCAUCAACGGGAAGGACUUAACCCUCGAAGCGUGCGUCGCCAAACUCGCGUACCUCAUGGGGAAAGGCUACACAGGGGCGCCACUGAAAGACUUGAUGGAAUCGGACAUCCGCGGCGAACUGACGGAGUCGCCGAACAAAGUCAGUGGCGUGAGCAACGUGCUGGAUGUAGCCGAGGUGCAGGGCGACCGAUCAAAGAGCUGCGUCCGGGACGAGAAGCGCGAGAUGUUUGCCCAGUCCCCGUCGCAGGGCGGAAACGAAGAGAAGCUCGUCUCUCAGAACCUAGGAGCAUGCACACUCUACCGGCACCGGCCGAGAGAACUCGCCGAGGCGUAGACAAUCGCCGUCGCCUCAGACAGCAGAUGCCAGGCAGCUGGAACGCAGGGGGAGUGAAUCGCAAGAACGUGGACUUAGUGAAUUACGAGGAAGUGGAGAAGUGACACUCCCCACAAGAUGGAGACAGUGAAUGCAGUGGGCGAAGAGAGAAAGAGGACACAGCCACGACUUCGGUGUCGUGAGUCUCGCGGAAAAUCAGCGAAGCCACUGCUUCCAGCAGAGAACGUCCGCAGACGCCGCACCCAUGUAAUUCCAAAUUGUUCCAUUGCAAGCCUUGUUAAAUGCAUGCGUUUGUGUACUUGUGUGUGGAUCGGCACAUACAAGUCUUUUCUUUCUAAAUGUACAGUGUCAUGUGUCGAAACGCCGGCGCGUGUUUGCGCGCCAGUCUUUUUUGCCACCGGGUCUACCACGACGUCAAUGGAUACCGAGAGGAGCAAGGUCGAGGCUGAAGUUUGUGAAGAGCCGGAACAUUCGCACGGAAAAGGGCAUUUGAUGAGUGCAUGCGCGUCAGGAAGUCGUGUAGCUGUGUUCACGAAGUUGUGCGUCGUUUUCGAUGAGGGGGUGUGUGCUGUCCAGCGGCACCGCGUUGCUUGUUUUUGUGGUGGCCCUCCAUUUGUCUUUCUUCUCUUGCUCAGAAAGCAUCUUGUCACCGCUCUCGGGCGAAGGAAGAAAAGCACACCGCGUUUGACAGAGUUGAGCUGCAGCGUAGGCAACACAUUUGAUAGCCUAGACACCUAGAAAACAUGCGAGUCGCCCGCUGUCAGUAGCCCAAAGUUCGGCGAGAGAACUGCCGAGAGUUUGCGUCGCCUGUCUGAGAGGCAGAUCGCGGAAAGUCGGGUCUCUCGCGCGUCGGUCUCACGUUUUCCAUGAAGAGUCUUCCGUGGGUACGGCGGGGUCAGGAUUCGCUUCUUAGUUUCUUGUCCGUGGAAACCGCCGACGACCAUUUCACCGGUGCGAAGUGUCACGCACGUUUAGCAACACACUUUUUUGGGUAUUGUACCGUCAUCCGAAGACGGGAUGCGCGGCAGAGCAACAGACAGAGCAGGCUGUCAUGUAAGUAUCCGGCCGAUCAAUGAAGUUCUGUGCAACCGAAAUGCCGCAGGGCGGCGUUCAGUCGCAUCGAAACGCGAGACACAACAUGCAAUGAUCAUCGCAACCGUGGUGUGCUAACACAGUCGACGUGGGAUCGGUAAACAAGCACAUUCCAGAUCCAGACUACUGGAUGAACUAAUUUUUUCACUGAUUCUUGCUCCAGACCAGUUGCGGAGCAGUGAGCCACCAUCGAUGUGCAGACGCAGUCCGAUGUUUGUAGCUCACACUCUCCCACUUUGCGAGGGCGAGUCCACCUCAGGAGAGCACGGCAGUCGCAGUUGGGCUGAAACUCUGAGGCGACGCGGAACGCGUAGGAACGGGGAAAUAGUUUCUCACGCGUCCCAUUUGAUGAGUGUGGAACAGGUCUGCAUGCAGAUAAGGAGAAAGGGAAGCGAAGGAGUGACAAGGAGUGGGGAGCGGGGUAGGCAGCGGCGGUUGUGCCACUACUAGAGUGACGAGCGUGAUCGGCUUCUGCAGAAUUCUAUUUCUAGUCGCCUUGAAGACGUGUAGGCAGGCUCGCCACAAAACCACUACAGAUAAGCAUGUGUUGCAAUGCCUUGACAUAUUUUCUAUGUGCAAGCAUUCGCGUAGUUCAACGUGGACGACUGAUUUGACAAGAGCGU